CAACGACCAAAACAAUCUGCGGAACGCUCAGAUACAUGGGUAUGCUACUACAACCACACUACUAGACACAAGUAUCGACAAUUUCGCAAUAACUAAAAUAAAGCGGGAUUUAAUUAUUAAUUAACGAUAAAAAAUAAUUAAGAAAAUGAAUGCGAGAUCACAGACUUUCGAACUGUCGGUGGAGGGCCGACAGGCCGACGAGGUAGUGACGAGCCUCUUCCACACGAUUCUAUUUCACCGUUCGCUCGGCAAAUUCAUGUACAACGGCGACGAGUCGUAUUCGGUCGGCACUGUCGGUUACAUGGAUGUUGACUGUGACUUCAUCGAUCUCACUUACGUCUGUUGCUCAUCGGAGCGCCUGGACAGUAACAUAAAGAAGGAGAUCAGCGGCUUCAGCGACCAGUUGCGCGGCAGCGAUUGCUCGGGAAUGGGCCAGAUCACCCUCGAAUUCUUCCAGAAGAAGCCUCGCGCCUGGUUCACGCCCGAAUGUAUCAGCUGGGAGGUGUGGACGGUGCGGCUCGAGCUGAUCUCGCUGAACAACGAGGGCGAACGGCAGCUGUGCAGGGAGAAGGUCAGUGAGCUGCUCGGCGAGAAGAUCCUGUACAUUGCGGAGGUGAUGAACAGGCACGACUACCUGCCGAAAAUGCCCAAUCAGACGGAGCUGGAUUACAUUUUCGACACGUCGUAUGAUGACGUGCAGCCGUACUUGUUUAAGAUUAAUUACAAUUUAUCGGGACCGUCCACUAGUUCGUCAGUCGGCUCCACCGUGAAGAAACUGAUCAGGGAGACUCUGCCUUUUUAAAUUUUUUUUCUUUCAUUCGAAUUCCGGUCUUCAAUUCGCACGAUUGAACAAUCAAAAGCAUCACAAUGUACGAGUCGACGUUCUUUUGACUUCUCUAAUGUUUUUUUUUUUAAAUUAGUUUAAAAUUAUCGUUUAGGUGUGCAUGCGUUUAUUACACAAAUACUUAUUUCGUCUCAGGUAGAUUUAGUUUUGUAUACGUUUUCGCGUUUACGUUUUUCUUGUAGCUAAUUUUGUACAUUUUUUUUAUUGUUUGGGCGGACCGCCCGAAAUUGAUGUGAUUAGAUUUAGUCGGACGGUUCGAUUCGUGUAGUAAUCUUAAGACGAAAUUAAUUUUUAAUUGCAAGACGUCGAAAUUUAUAGUUUUUAGGUUGUUGGACGUAGUUUAUUUUGUUAAGACAGGACGGAUGAAUUAAAAUAAUUACCUGAAGUACAAAACAGCACGUUUACAAUUUGUUUUUUUUUUACUUAAUUUAAUGCGGUGAUGAUAAAUGCAAUGACAUUGUGCUCUGUGUUUUAGUGAUUUAUAAAUUUUUCGAGGACGGACUGACGCACACAAUCACAUGGAUAUUGGUGCGUGCCGAAGGAACAAUUCGGCGAAUGAAAUACCAUUUUUUAUUAUUAAUAUUAUUAUUAUUACAAUUAUAAUAUAAUCGAUCUUGUUCGUCCUAGUCAACAACGUUCUCGCCGAAUUGGCCCCAGUAAUUGUGUAAUAUGUCGGUCUGUUCCAUUACGUGAUAAUUAUAUAACGAGGAUUGAUUCCGCGCUUCUCGAUAGAUGUGAUACGGGAGUACAUGUAUUGGAUUAAUUAUAGUUUUUGAUGAGCGUUUCGGCACACACAUUCCAAAAUUUUAAGGAUUGUGCAAACUUUUCAACAUGCUGUCUUAAAUGUAGUAAGUUUUCUUGUUAGGUUCGAUUGGUGGUGAGAAUAUAAAUAUAAUAAAAAGGAUUAAGAGAUUGAUCGAAUUGGUUUGUAUUUAUUGAGUACGCGUGCAAGAAGUCUUGUAAUUUGCUGUUCUAUGCGGUUUUAUUUGUCACGAACUUUUCCCAAGCGUUUUUAUCAAUUAAGAUCUUAUUAAUAAACAAGAAACAUUACUGUACAUACUUGUGAAUAGUCUAGUAAUAUAUAAAUAUAUAAAUGUUGUGAUUUUGAGUCAUAAAUAAAGACUUUAUUUAUUUUACAAA